UUUUGCUGUCCAUCCGCGCGGUUGUAUCUUUUCUGGAGCUCCUGUCCUGCGCACCAUCUGAAUCCCUGAAGAGCUCUUUCUCUUUUGCCGACUGCAGCAAUUUGCAAUUUUAAUUACCUGCAAUUCGGUUCGACCAGAAACCAAACGAAACAGGAAAAAUGGGCCAAGCAAAGAAAGUUUCCUCCGCCCUGAGCAAGCUUUUCGUGUACGGCGCUCUCAAGUAUGGACAGCCCAGCAACUCGAUCCUGGCCAGCUCCGGCAACGGAUACGCAAAGUUCUGGUGCAAGGCCACCACCACCCAGAAGCUGCCGCUGGUGAUCGCCACCCGCUACAACAUUCCGUUCCUGUUGAACAAGCCCGGAGUGGGCUAUUACGUAACCGGGGAGAUCUACGAGGUGGACGACCGCAUGCUGAAUUCCCUGGACAACCUGGAGGACUGCGAGGAGAUCUACACGCGCGAGAAGCACGACAUGAACAUCGGCGUGGGCGAGGGAACCGUGCCCUGCUGGGUGUACCUUCUGCAGAAGUACCCGGAGAACCUGCUCAGCCUGCGCUACUUGUCCAGCUACGAGAACUCCACCACCCACCCCUACAUCAUGCGCCACCGCCGCACCCACAAGCAUCCGGCCCAGGACGAUCUCACCUACGAGGCCCAGAACUAAAGAUCUAGACUGUUGUCACCCCAUCCCGCUUCACUGGAUCAUUGGAUGUGCUCUGGACAGCGCGGCCACUGAUCUUAUGUUACCGUAGUUGCAUUUCUAGACCGUACCUGCAGACGCAGAUGUACUGAUCGAUAUAUAGCGCAUAUAUUGGCAAAUGAUAUACACUGAUAUGUACCAUACGCAUUAUUUAGGUUUUAGCAAACGUAGCUUGUAAUUUCAUAGUUUUCGACAAACAAAGCAAAUAAACUGAAGCAAUUCAAAGAAACUCA